AUACAAAACACUUUCUUUACCUCCAUUCCCAUCAAUGGCUACCACCUAUGCUUCCUCCUCAAGCCAUGGUUCCUCCCAAAGAUCACUGGCAAUGGUGUUGGCUCUAGCCUCAGCAGCGGUGUUAUCUCCCUUAUAUUGUAAUUCAAAGAGUGAUACCAGGAGGUAUUAUGAAUCAAAAUGGAGCUCUGGUUUUGUUCUGCCUAUGGUUCUUGCUGGACUUAUAAUUGCUAUCAGAACAACCUCUUCUGUGUCAUCUCCAAGAGUUUCACUGCUACCAUCUCCUGAGCCUUCGUCGGUGCUUAGAAUUGGAAGUUCAACUUGGGGGUUAGCUGGGGUUUUGGUUAUGCUUAUGCUUGUUCUUUAUUGGCAAGCAUCAGUUCAAGAGUUCUUUUGGAGAUAGAGCCAUAGAUGACUCUCUCCAUCUCUCUGUCUCUUAAUUUUGGUUUCUAUAUGUU